CAUUCAUAUGCAAACCAAGGUGGACCCUGCUUAGCUAAGGGGACAAUUCAUGUCUUCUACCACAAGACCAGCUCUCUUCCUUGUCUCCAAUGUCUUGAGGGACAUGUUUAUGUGCACAUUGGCACACUCUCAAAGAUUACGAGUGGGCAGGCUUCAAGCUGGUCAGAUCAAAUUUGUUAUUUACUGAAACCCAAAGUUCGUCAGCAAGAGGUGGACACAACACGAUGGCUCCCGGUCAGAGCCAAUUCCCUGUGUCACCCCCAAGAGCUGUUGUGAACUGUUAGCUUGAAAAGCCGUUUAGAUUCUAGUGCAAAACAAAGCACACUGGAAUGAGCUGAUGAAUGCACCAGUUAGUACAAAUCUCUACCUGAGUGGCUACAGGACAGGAUUCGAACACAUAACUCCAAAACUGGACAGCAGGGAGUACAAAGACCUGCUCAAAGGCCGCCAAUUAAUAUGCCCAUUUUACAGGUGAGGAACAUGGAGGCUGAGAGGGGAAACCCUAGCACAAGGCCAGCCAGGGCAGGGUGUGUGUGUGUGUUUGACUUGCAGUUUUAAAAAGGAACCAAUUUCAUCAACACCUUCAAAUAUAAACACCCAGUUUAAGGAUGGGAAUGCCGAGGCUCAGAGAGACACAAGUUGCCUGCAGGGAUCCCGCAAGACAGCUGAAGUGUUCUGUUGCUAUGGUUAAAUCGCAAGGGCUCAGAAAUCCUUGGAAGUGAGAUGAAAACCUAAUAAGAAAUACUUUCCAGUCUCUGGGCACGUGGAGAGUGUGCUUCCAUUCUGUGCACGAUUACAGCUACCUAUUUCCCGGACCCUAGCUUGCCCUUUGAAGAGGUGUCGUGGAUGACUUUAUUUAAUUUAUAAACCGCCUCUCUCCAAGGGCUCUAGGCGGUUCACAAAAAAAUUAUUAGUUUGUUUUACAUAUUGACAUACUGCCCAAAGCUCACAUCUCUGGGCGGUUUACAAGCAAACAGCACAGAUGAAAACAAGACGGAAACAUCUUAUUUUUGCUUCCCCCGCUUGAAAAUAAAAUGUCCGCAUGCCCUAGAAGAAGAAGAAAAGACUCCUGGUUUUUAAGUAUUAGCUGUUUUGUAGAAACCAAAGAGACAAACACGAAUCUGAACGGUUUUAAAUUUGCUUUUAUGUUGUUUUAACUUGUUGGUUUUAAACGGUGUUAGUUUUUGCAUUUUACUUGUGCACCGCCCAGAGCUUUUGCAUGGGGCGGUGUAGAAAGGUAAUAAUUAAAUCCAGCUCCAGCCCUGCCUCUGGAAGCAGAAAGGGGCUGUUCCCACGACGCCGCCCUGGAAUCUAGCGAAGGAACAACAACUCCCACCAGGCAGUGGGGCGCGCCCGUCGCAGGGGCGAUGACGUCAGGGGCCGGGCGCUCCCCUUCUGACGAUGCCCGGGGCUGGGUUCCUGCUAGCAGCGCAGGGAGCAAGAAGGUGAAGGGGGGAAGCGGAGACGUGAACCAUGCUAGGCUUGUGAGAAUCCAGCCCGCCUCUUAAAAGCAGAACGAAGCGAGAAAGACGAACGUUAUGUGGUACACGCAGACAGGUGUCUGCACACGCGUUCCUGGUUAGUAUCGUGCGAAAUGUCCGUGCUGUUCACCGGCUCCAAAUCCAUCGUCGCCACCAAGAAGGACAAGAGACACAUGGCGGAAGUCAACGCCUCCCCGCUCAAGCACUUCGUCACCGCCAAGAAGAAGAUCAACGGCAUCUUCGAGCAGCUGGCUGCCUACGUCCAGGAGAGCGCGGCGUUCCUGGAGGAAACGCACAAGAAUGUGGAGCUGGACCCCGUCACGACGGAGGAGCAGGUGCAGGAAGUCAAAGGCUACCUCUCCAAGGUCAGCGGCAUCGGCGAGGUCCUGGCCCGCCGCCACAUGAAGGUGGCUUUUUUCGGGCGGACGAGCAACGGGAAAAGCACCGUCAUCAACGCCAUGCUCUGGGAUAAGAUCCUCCCCUCCGGGAUUGGGCACACCACGAACUGCUUCCUGCGUGUGGAGGGGACAGCCGGACACGAGGCCUUCUUGCUCACUGAAGGAUCCGAGGAGAAGAAGAGCGUCAAGACAGUCAACCAGUUGGCCCACGCCCUCCAUCAAGAUGAGCUCCUGACGGCUGGCGGUUUGGUCAGUGUUAUGUGGCCAAAUUCCAAGUGCCCCCUCCUCAAAGAUGACCUGGUUUUGAUGGACAGCCCUGGCAUCGACGUCACCACCGAACUGGACAGCUGGAUUGAUAAGUACUGCUUGGAUGCCGACGUGUUUGUCCUGGUGGCCAACUCAGAGUCCACCCUGAUGCAGACGGAGAAGCAGUUCUUCCACAAAGUGAACGCACGCCUGUCCCGGCCCAACAUCUUCAUCCUGAAUAACCGCUGGGACGCGUCUGCCUCUGAGCCGGAAUACAUGGAAGAGGUACGGAGGCAACAUAUGGAGCGUUGCUCCAGCUUCUUGGUGGAUGAAUUGGGAGUAGUGGAUCGGGCACAGGCGGGAGACCGCAUCUUCUUCGUUUCCGCCAAGGAAGUGUUGAGCGCUAGGAUCCAGAAGGCUCAGGGGAUGCCCGAAGGAGGUGGUGCUCUGGCAGAUGGGUUCCAGGUGCGGAUGUUUGAGUUCAAGAACUUUGAGAGAAGAUUCGAGGAAUGCAUCUCGCAGUCGGCAGUGAAGACAAAAUUUGAGCAGCACACGGUCCGAGCCAAGCAGAUUGCAGAAGAGGUCCGGCAUAUCAUGGACUCUGUGCACGUCGCUGCCCAGGAACAGAGGAUUUACUGUCUAGAGAAGCGAGAGGAUCGCCAGGAACGCCUGGGGUUCAUUGACAAGCAGCUCGAACUGCUCACCCACGACUACAAGGUCAAGAUCAAACUGAUCACGGAAGAGGUGGAACGGCAGGUGUCUAACGCGAUGGCAGAGGAGAUCAGGCGGCUCUACGUGUUGGUGGACGAUUUCCAGCAAGAUUUUCACCCGUCUCCGGUAGUCAUAAAGGUUUACAAGAACGAACUGCACCGGCAUAUCGAGGAAGGCCUGGGCCAGAAGAUGUCGGAUCGCUGCUCCAGCUCCAUCACAACCUCCUUGCAGACCAUGCAGCAGGAAAUGAUAGACGGCUUAAAGCCCCUCCUGCCGGCGUCGUUGAGAGGCCAGAUAGACAUGCUCCUCCCUCGCCAGUGCUUCUCGCUGAGUUACGACCUGAACUGCGACAAGCUCUGUGCUGACUUCCAGGAGGACAUCCAGUUCCACUUUUCUCUGGGGUGGACGAUGCUCGUGAACAGGUUCCUGGGACCCAAGAACACGCGCCGGGCCUUAAUGGGAUAUAACGACCAGGUCCAGCGUCCUUUGCCGUUGACUCCCGCGAACCCAAGCCUGCCUCCCCUGCCCCAGGGGUCCUUGACCCAGGAAGAGCUGAUGGUCUCCAUGGUGACAGGGCUGGCUUCCCUCACGUCCCGGACAUCUAUGGGCAUUCUCGUGGUCGGAGGCGUGGUGUGGAAGGCCGUAGGCUGGAGGUUGAUCGCUCUUUCUUUUGGCCUCUAUGGGCUGCUGUACGUCUACGAGCGUCUCACCUGGACCACGAGGGCCAAGGAGAGGGCCUUCAAGCGCCAGUUCGUGGAGUAUGCCAGCGAGAAGCUCCAGCUCAUCGUCAGCUACACGGGUUCCAACUGCAGCCACCAAGUUCAACAGGAGCUUGCUGGCACCUUUGUUCAGCUCUGCCAACAAGUUGAUGUCACGAGGGAAGAUCUGGAGAAGGAACUUGCUGCCCUGAAGCAGAAGAUUGAAGUCUUGGAUACCCUGCAGAACAAAGCCAAGCUGCUCAGGAAUAAAGCCGGCUGGCUGGAUAGCGAACUCAACAUGUUCACAAAUCAAUACUUGCAACAGAGCAGAUAAGUGGGGUGGUGGAAGAGGAGAGCAGUCUGUCCUGUUCACCGCUUGCAUCUGCUGGUGCAAACCCUCCCCAGCGAUGGGACCCUUCGCGGGCACACACAGAAGCGAGUGUCUCCCUCCGCCCCAAGAUCGAGCGAGUCCCGCUUCGCCUCCGCAUGUUGAUUCUUUUCUCUCCUUCUCGGCGCUCUUUGAUUUCAGAGCCGUUUCUCCUCCCGCUGGUUUUCUUUAGUUAACAAUUUAGCAGGAGAAACACUUUCUGUCUAUACGCCGUACAGCUGGGAGGGGGCGAUCCGUUCCGAUCUCUUCUUAAACCAAUAAUGAAAUGUCAGUCUAAACCUGUGCUGGUUCUGCAUCCGCCCCUUCCGGUGGGUUUGGGUUGAAACUUGCCCUCAAGUUCCUUCUCCCCAUUCUGUUCUCCAUGAAUGAAGCUCCCUUGAUUCACAAAAACAGAGUCCCUCGUUCCGCAAGGCAAGAGCGCCGCCCGGCCAAAGUUACCCACUUUUAAGUCUCAUGGGUUUCUCCCGAGUAGUUUCAGGUUGUACUCCAUUUUCUCUCCUCUGGAAAUCAGAGGGUCAUCACCAUGUUUAAGUCUGUCUGGGCCCCAACUACCCCUCUCUGCAAACAUGCCCUCAGUCUAGAUGGAGGUUUAUGCAAUUCCACAGAAGCUCAACACCUCCAGUAAGAAAUUGUCACUUUCUGGGCGGCCCUCUCUCCAGCAUGCUGGUCUUGUGCAUCCAAGUACCACCAAAAGUGGCCUCUAGAUGUCUCACCUUUCGUCAAGCUCUUCCUGGGUUUCCUAGUGACCUGCAAAAUGCUUCUGUCUCCAUACUUGGUGACACUCCCUUAAGAUUGACGUGUGGCGUCUGGCAUUCGACAUUACUGGCCAAAUACUCUGCGGGGAGGCAUAAAUCCAAGAGACAAGUGGAUUGUUUAGGUCUUCACCCCAUCCAAGAUGCCCAACACAUACACACACACACACACACACUCUCUCUCCUCCUCUCUUCUUGCUCUUUCGUAAAUUUCUUCCCCUUGUCUUGAUCAUGGCUCCUUUCCCCUUAACUCUGCCCUUGAGACGGUUUCCCCCCAUUAAAACAGCCCCCUCAAAACUGCUAGUUUGUAUGGGGUUAGCAGGACUGCACAUGCCUUGAUUAACUUAUUCUCGCAUGCCUGGCUGAGGGUCCCAGGUAUGCACACUAUGAAAUGGGAUUGAGGAGCCUCCUAAGGAAAGUUUACGGAAUGCUGGAAUCCUCUGAUUACCCUGCUGUUCGACUUCUGGCUAUAGCCUGUAGCAGCGCUUGGUCCCUUUGCUGUUCUCUGUGCCGAUUUUUCAUUCAUUGGUUCGUUUUGCAAGCUGGGCUUAAAUACCCCCCACUUCACAGAUCCCCGGGGGCUGGGCAGCGGACGGAGUCCUUGGUUGUGGCAUUUGCAAAGCUGCAAAUGCUGUGAUCUUUGGGUGGGUUCUUUGAUUUCCUCUGUUUGAUGAUAACGAAGGACGGCGAGGGGUUUGCUCUGUUCUGAAAGGGUAUAGCCCUUCUCUUAAAAAUAAAAAUCUUGUGCAGGAAACAAUGGCUCCCGCCUAGAGGUAUACCAGCAUUCCUCCAUGGAAGUCAUUUUGGGUGGGAAGCAACAUGGAAUCUACGUGGAUUCUGACUGUGUGUCACGUGGGCACACGCCAAUUGCAACGUCUCCAGGAACAGAACAGUCCAGUAAUGCAAAUUUCCCCCUGAAGCCAACUCCCCUGGAGUCCUUUUCAAACGUGGACAAAUAUGGUAGGGGAAACCAUAAAACAAAAAGCUCAUUUAAAAAGAAGAAGUCUAGCCAGAUGCACUUUAUUCUUUUUUGUUUUAUAUUGCUGCUAACGUCACAACUACGUAUUGUCGCCUUUCCCCCCUCUUUGGUUGAAAACAGAAGGGUUGUUGGGAAAUCCAAUCAACGGCGCGAGUUCUCUGUGCUGCAUUUACGAUGGUAGAUGUUUUCCUCCCUCCGCAUGGAUUUUGUUUCCCUGCUGUACCACUGCAGUUCAUAUUGGAAACCGGAGUUUAAGAAAAAUAAUAAAAUGAAAUGAAUUGAUCCGUA